AUGAAGUUGUUGGAAAGUUUGAAAGUUUCUUGGUUUAUACUAAGUAUAUCAUGCUUAUUAUUUCAAUUAUCCAAUACAUCAUCAGUUUCACAAGCCCAAAAUCAAAAAGUUUCAAAACUUGAUGAUUCUCACAUAAGCUCCACAAAUGAACCUUUAACUAUUUAUAAUUCUAUGAAAGAGGAUUCCAACAAUCUAAAGAAGUUGGAGGUUCAAGAUGAUGAUGAACAUGAUUCACUGAAAAAAAGAUCAAAUAAUAAGGAAACUAAGGAUACCAAAGAACUUGAAGAUUCUAAACUUAAUUAUUCACUUGAACCCCAAGUUUCCAAUCAAAGAGAUCCAAAUUCAAAUGUUGUGACAAGAUCACAAAUUGAUUUUCAUAAUUUUAACCAGGAGACAUUAUCACAAAUUUCCAGGUCAUCACUCUUACCACCUGAUGAUUCUUGCAAAAUUUUAACUACAACCGAAUUAGAAACACCAGAACAUGAAGAAUUGAUGAAUCAGGAAGUUUGUUUGAUAUGUUUUGAAUCAUACAGUGAUAGCCAUGAAAAUUUAGUUAAAUUACCUUGUGCUCAUAAAUUUCAUCAUAGAUGCUUUAUCAAGACAGGAAGAACUAAUGGUAAUAGAACUGAUGUUGAAAGACCAAGUAUGAAAUGUUGUGUUUGUCAAUUAAGUUUGAUAAAAUAUCAUCAAUAUCUUGUUGAUCAUAAAUUAGAUCCUAAACAAGUUGAAUUUAUUAACAAGUGA